GUACAGUGAUGGCUGUGGGCAGGACUCCUGCUUUUAUCAGGUUUUUACGCUGAUAAUGAUCAGUUACGUAAUGAAUUCCUGCAAAACAUUUCAUAUAUCUUUCAUAUAUCAUGUCUGUUGUUUAUCUAAGCUUGUGUUUACAAAAUUGUAAGUUUUUUUUAUAUAUAUAAAAGAAAAUGUUUUAUGUGACUGUUUCUGUGUGAGAAACAUUAUAGGACCUAGAUGAGGUGCAGAUGUAAAUAAAUCCAUUCCAUUUAGACUCUUUUUUAUCAUGAAUUUAACAGCUUGUUUUCAGGUUUUUUUAUAUUGUUGUACAUAGAAAAUAUUGUUAUACCAUUCAAUCAAAUGUACUGUUUUAUUACAAAAGCCAUAUACUGUUUUUUAUACUGUAAACAUUUAAUUUGUAGACCAUUUUUGUUGUAAUAAUGAAUCUAAAAAAUGAAUAAUUUUGCCAAAGUUCUGUUAUCAAAAUUAAAAAUAACCUUUAUAUAAUUUACUUGUAUUGGUCUGUUUUGUGCUCAUGGAUAUUUUACAGUAUGAUAAGGAGUGAGAGACAUACUAUAAAAACUUCUAUGGUAGUAUAUUGAACUCUUAACUGCUACAGUAGAGCAACUCCCUGUGGAAUCCCACAUAGGAUUGUAACACCAUUGAAAGUAAAUCCUUUAAUCUUGUUAUCAGUUAAUGUUUCUAAAACCACUAGAAAUAGAAACCACUAAGGCUUCCUGACAAACCUUAGUUCAGGUUUUUGUGUAGAAGUUUAUGAUUAACAACAUCAUAAGCCUAAAAUCAAUCUCAAAAAAGUCCCUACGAUAUUAACGAUUAUGAUGUGAAGUGUCCUUGAAUUCUAGCUGGUUUAUCACUUCCACUCAUUCCCAGGUAAAGUAACAGAAAGAGAAUAAAGAGAUGGCACAUGUCGACCCAAUGAACUAUAAAUCUGUGUGUUAAUUAUUGAACAGAGCGCAGACAAAAACCGCAUCGUGAAGGGACUGAUGACAAAUUUCAGAUUAGAGGCUUUGGCCAAAGGUUCUUCAAAGGAUCUUUUGCAUUUUGCCGGAGUUGGACUUUUCAGAAACGUUCACUGGAAUGACAGUGACUUCGAGAAAACAGUAUGUGGUUUUUAGACCUGUGUACUCUGAAGACAGCCUCGCUGAAGACCAUGAGAAAAUCGAGAGGAAACACAAAGCGCUCCUGGAGCAUGUUAAGGAAAACCUGACCUGCAAUGCAAAUCGUGCCAAAAACGCAGUGGUCUCUCUUCUGCCUGUGAUUGGCUGGAUGAGGACGUACAGAGUCAGAGAGUGGCUGCUGGGCGAUGUGGUGUCUGGGGUCAGCACCGGACUGGUGGCCGUCAUGCAAGGACUGGCCUUCUCCCUGCUGGCCUCGUUGCCUCCCAGCUACGGCCUCUACACAGCUUUCUUCCCAAUGCUAACAUACUUUUUCUUUGGCACCUCAAGGCAUAUAUCUGUAGGCUCCUUUCCUGUGCUGAGCCUCAUGGUGGGAGCCGUAGUGACCCGCCUGGUCCCAGAAGAUGGACCGCAUGCUAACAUCACGGACUUUGAAGGCCUGACCCAGGACCAGCAGCGAGUCCUGGUGGCCUCCUCUAUGACAUUCCUCAUGGGUAUUUUCCAGCUCGCCAUGGGGGUUCUGCAGGUGGGCUUUAUCGUCGUCUACCUUUCAGACACUCUGGUGUCUGGAUUUACCACAGCAGCUGCUGUUCACAUCUUGGUGUCGCAGCUCAAGUUCGUGUUGGGGCUGAGUGUUCCAGGAAUCAAUGGCCCAAUGUCCAUGAUAUAUGUAAGUCCAAAUUUGGGGCAAUCUGGUGACAAAAUCAAUCAAAGAUUGUCCCAGAUUAUACAAAUCAGUACCAGCAGAGGUCUUGUUUCAUCUUAUAUACUGUCAGGUGUACUUGAGUUAUUGGGCCAAGUUUUAAAAGGGUAUGAGUCUCCAAUUCUUCCUAGCGUCCAAGUCUUCCAGGAGAGUGCAGUGGAGGCCUUUCCUGUAGCCAUUGUAGGAUUCGCUGUGGCCUUUUCUGUGGCCAAAGUGUACUCUGUCAAACAUGAUUACCCCAUUGAUGGUAACCAGGAGCUUGUUGCAUUCGGGGUUAGCAACAUAUUCGGAGCAACCUUCAGGUCUUUCGCAGCCAGCACGGCCCUCUCCAGGACCGCAGUGCAGGAGAGCUCUGGAGGCAAAACGCAGGUUGCCGGGCUGGUCUCAGCGAUGAUGGCAAUGAUUGUAACAGUGGCCCUUGGGUUCCUGCUGGAGCCACUUCCAAGGUCUGUUCUGGGUGCCUUGGUAAUCGUCAACCUAAAGGGGAUGCUGAUGCAAUUCAGUGAAAUACCGUACCUUUGGAGGAGAGACAAACCAGAAUGCGUAG